AUGGCGGGUCAAAUCUCAAUUGAGUGGGCUUGGUGUGGCCUCCUCGUCCUCAUGUUGACCACCAAAGACUCCAAGACUUGGGGCGUUAAAGAUACAUUUUCGACAUCCGCAGUGCCAUCUGGUCUGGCAAGGAAAGGAAUCAGGGACACUUUAUCAGAGGCAAUAUUUGGUCACGACAAUCAAGUUCGCGUGGUUUCUUACAAUGUUUGCGGCUUUGGUGCAGGCUUCAAGGACAUUGAUCCAGAACAAGUCACCAGGGUGUAUGGACAGUUGCGGACGGAUUUGAGCGAACUUAAGGCUGAUAUCGUGUGCUUGAAUGAAGUCAAAAGGAUGAAGCUUGAGGAUCCCGAAGGCAAUCAACGGGAGGAUACGUUGGAAGCUCUAGCGGAGGAUUUGGAAGAGAUGGAGUACUUUUUUGCUCACGCAAACCCUGGCUACGAAUCCUUUGGCAAUGCCAUUUUGGUGAGCAAAAAGCUUCAGGUCAUUCACUGUGAUUCCACGCACUUGGAAGGAGGAUCUUAUGUUUCUACUCCCGUGGGGAAGAAGCACAUUGGUAGAGGCUGUCUUGCUGUGCCCUCGCCAAAUUUUCAGAUUUUGCCAUGUCUUUUGCCUUUGUCACUGGGCACCAUGGCCCUUUUUGUGUUGAAGCAUAAGCAGGAGUGGGCUGCAUUGGAGACGCGGAAUUCAGAGAACCGCUGGUCACCGCCAGAAGACUCUGCUGCCUUGGCGGCUUUGGAAGCGGCAGGCUACCGAGACCUCGGCAGGCUACCGACUCAGCAAACGUCAAGGUGGACUCUUCGGGCAGACCCACCUGCUCGAAUAGAUUACAUCUAUGCUUCGGAUGACUUUCAGCACAUAGGCACUUUCAGCGCAGCCUUUGUUGCACAAGCGGUCGGAUCUGAUCAUCUUCCCCUGGUGUUCGAUGUCCUCCUCAAGUCAGAUUAA